GGCAGUGACGACCUCCCUACGAGAACAUGCCUCUCGCAAAGGAUCUCCUUCAUCCCUCUCCAGAAGAGGAGAAGAGGAAACACAAGAAAAAGCGCCUGGUGCAGAGCCCCAAUUCCUACUUUAUGGAUGUGAAAUGCCCAGGAUGCUAUAAAAUCACCACGGUCUUUUGCCAUGCACAAACGGUAGUAUUGUGUGUUGGCUGCUCCACUGUUCUCUGUCAGCCUACUGGCGGAAAAGCAAGGCUGACAGAAGGAUGCUCCUUCAGGAGGAAACAGCACUGAAUGCAACCGAUUGAGGAUGAGUGGGAGCCAUCCCAAUAAACACAUUUUGGAUUUAAAAAAAAAUU